AUGGUUCCAGUCCUGUGUGUUUCCCAGGUGGACUGUGUGGUCUGUCCCAUGCUCGGGGCCCAGCCCUCCUCUCUGCGUGUGGGCAGAGCUCUGCAGUCAGUGGCUGGAGCCGCUCUGGAGAUCAGGUUUAAGCAGGCGGGAGGUGCCCCGCGGCCCGCAGAUACCGUGCUGGUGGAUGGGCUUCCGGUGCUCACCAACGCCGUCAUCUUCCUCCACCUCGUCAACUAUAGCAGCAGACAGCAAGAGCGAGCAAAACAGGUUCUGAGGGACAGCAUCGACAGUGCUCUGCGCCGCUGUGAGGAGCGAGGCUUCAGCUCGGUGGCCCUCCCCGUCCUGGGUCCAGGGGCCAUGCUUCAGUUCCCUCUCCACACGGCCGCUCUGGUUCUUCUGCAGGAGAUCCACACGUUCGAGAAGAGACGAGCCCCCAAGACGCCUUUUCUGAUACGCAUCGUCAUUCACCCAGACGAUAAAGACGCCAGCAAGGCAUUUCAAAUUGCUCAACAAACUGUGCACCUAAAAGGAUUCACUAACUACGCCAAUCCAAGCCACGCUUCUUUCUAUUGCCACGUGUCGUCCAGCGUCUCGGAGGUCUCUGCACUGAUGGGGAAUGUGAAGCUGCAGAUAGUUCAGGGUGACAUCAUCCAUGAAAAGACUGACAUCAUCGUGAACUCCACUGGCUUCAACAAAGAGACAGCAGGUAUUUCCAAAGCUAUUCUGACAGCAGCAGGACCCAAUGUAAAAGCAGAGUUCAUACACGUGAGCAAAACUGCAGACCACUUGUGCUGCACAGGAGCCGGUCUGCUGGGCUGUAGAAAGAUCAUCCACGUUCAAACCGACCACACAGUUCAAGGCAUUAGUAAAAACUGCAAAAAAAGUACUGAAACGUUGUGA